GACUGCCUGAAAUACGAGUGAAGAGGAAGGAGGAAGUGAAAAGUGUUUAUAAAUGCGAUGAUGGUUUAGCGAUUUUGAUCAAGAUUUUGCAAAAUUAUUGUUUACAGUGAAGUGCUGUUGUCUUUUGAAAAGAUUUGUCCCUUAAUUUCGUGAACUUGUAUUAUAAAUCACCGCACGGAACCUUAGUCCAUGUGGCGAUGAGCGUUCAAGUUAUGUAUUCAUCAUCUCACCAAUCAUUAUACGGAGAUAUGACAUUGAUGGAGGUUGAGGAAUCUCCACAGCACAUUCAGGAAAUUUAUGUGGAAGACCCAGCUCAGUGUUUAGAGGCUGUGACGCGUCUAAAAAAUGUGGUGAUUGGAAGCAAUCGACAAAAAGCAAUUUGUUUGCGACAUGGAAUCCUGCCUCGUGUGCUCAGCCUUUUGGGAGAAAGUAAUGGGCCCGAAAUUCGUCGAGAAGCUUGUGUCGUCUUGGGCUCACUUGUAAAAGGAACUCCGGAAAAUGUUCGAGCGGUCGUGGACGCUUGCUCCGUGCCCAGGCUUGUCGGAGUGUUUUCUACAAAUGAUGAACAACUCAUUGAAUACGGGUUGUCUUGUCUAACCACAAUUUUCAAACACGAAUUUGCUCCAAAGGACGUCAUUUUUUCAGAUCCUGCCUUUGUACCUCGUCUGUUAGGACUUAUGCACCAUUCUGUCUUAAGUCAGACUUGCGUUGCAACGAUUCUUAGCAAUUCUUGUUCGACUGCCGAACAACAGCAUACUUUGGCAACCCAUGGCGUUAUACCAGCUUUAGGAGCAUUACUUUUGUCGCCUGAUUAUAAAGUCCAGAUGCCUGCAAUCUCGUGUCUUACUGCACUUUCCUUCAAGAAUCCAAGUGUGUCCGCCAUAAUUGUGGAAACAUUCUAUGAUGGGAAAAAAGUUCCAGAUUUGCUGGCACAUCUUCUUAGUAGAGACAAACCUCCAAAAAUGCAGUUGGCUUUGGGUAGAUGCCUGACAAACUUGCACCGGGCAAAUGCAAUUUCCUCUAAUGAUCCCAAAAUUGUGAUGCGAGCUCUUCCAUGCCUUGUUCGACUAUGCUCAAGAGAACAUGAUAAUGAAACCCGGAUAUUGGCAGCCGAAACAUUAUCCUACUUAAUUGAGGUUGACAAGGAUCUCCAACUCAUAGCAUCAAUUUCAAAUCGGCUGAUACCAACGUUGACUGAUUAUUUGAAAUGCCAACCAAUUUUGUCCUUCAGCAUUAAAAACACGAUGAGCAGUUCUGCACAAAUGUAUCAGGCUGCUUACAAAACCUUUGCCUCAUUGGCCGCAAAUGACGAAGGAAUUCGUAAGAGGAUUAUUGAACAGGAAUCUUUGGUGGAGAGGGUCGUAUCCGGUUUGGACGACCAAAAUGAACAGGUUGCUUUGGCUGCAUUGCGCUGCUUACAUUCAUUAUCAAGAAGUGUACAACUCCUCAGGACGACAUUUAAGGAUCACACAGUGUGGAAACCCUUAAUGAAACUUUUACAACAUUCCAACCACGACAUGUUGAAUGUUGCUUCUUCUACCUUGUGCAAUCUAUUACUAGAAUUUUCACCUUCAAAAGAGCCUAUAAUAGAAGCCGGCGGUGUAGAAAUAUUGUGUAAUCUUACACGUCGUGAAGAUACCGGUCUCCGGCUGAAUGGGAUUUGGGCGUUAAUGAACGUCGCCUUCCAAGCGGAUCAGAAAGUAAAAAGUCAAAUUCUUUCUUCUCUUGGAACAGACCAGAUUUUUCGAUUAUUGUCCGACGAGGAAGUUGCAGUUGUAAUGAAAACUUUGGGUCUAUUGCGCAAUUUGUUAAGUACCCCGCAUAUUGAUCACAUUAUGGAUUUAUAUGGAAAGCAUAUCAUGCAGGCCGUCAUUCUUAUUCUUGAAGGAGAUCACGGUCCAGAUGUUAAAGAACAAGCCCUGUGCAUGCUCGCAAACAUAGCGGAUGGAUUCACAGCUAAAGACUUCAUUAUGACGAACGAAGACGUUUUGAAAAAAAUUACAAGUUAUUUGAAUCAUGCUUCUCCUAAGUUGCAAACUGCCGCUGUUCUAUGUGUUUCAAACCUUGCAUGGAAGGACGAAGAGGGCUCAGUUGAAAGGCAAGCUAAAUUAAAGGAACUUGGCGUUCAAAAAUUACUACACUCUUUGAUAACUACGAGUGAUCAAAAUUUAUUUGAUCGGGUCAAGACUGCGCUAAAUCAGUUCUCCCCAAAUUAAAAUCAAACAUGAGACAAUUUAUUUAAUUCUUAUACUUGCACGUGACAACUCGGAUAGCUUGUUUGUGACUCUUGUUGACUUGACUUGCAACAUUAAUACUUUGAUUAUAACUGACAGUUUUUAGUUAUACUUACGUUAUUAUGGUUUUAUGAAUGCACAAUUUGCAUAUCGACAUGUGCAUCUUCAAACAAUAAACUGCAGAUUGGGAAUUUUAGUUUUAUGGGUACCUGUAAAUGUGUUUUAGCUUCAAGCUGAAUGGCAAGUGACCGGUAUAUGUAUGUGUGUAAUGCAAUGGCACAAUACGAUAUUCAAUUGCUUACAAUGAAUGUAUUAAUAUUAACGUAGGAAUUAGUUUUUAAAAUUAUAGGCAGUAUGAA